AUGCCUCACUUCAAAGAAAGUUCCUCGUCGAGCGCGUCGGAUGUCGAGCUCGAGUUUGAGCUCGGCUACAACGCCCCGACCUCUAAUGCGCAAGGCAUAGUCGACGACGAGGCAUAUGCAGGUGCUGGAUUCUUUGAAGGAUCAUCUGAGGCGCCUCUAAGCCAGCAGUUGGAGCCCAUUGCUGUGAUCGGAAUGGGUUGCCGUCUGCCUGGAGACGUCGGAUCACCAGCGGAGUUUUGGAAAAUGAUGAUGAACAAGGAAACAGGACAGACCCCCUCAGUUCCGCCUACGCGAUUCAACAUUGGCGCGCACUACCACGAGAACAAUGACCGUCCCGGAAGCUUCAGCGCUCUUGGAGGUUACUUUCUCAAUGAAUCGCUUUUGGAGUUCGACCCUAGCUUUUUCGGAAUCACCCCCGUAGAAGCUAUGUGGAUGGACCCCCAACAACGGAAGUGUCUAGAGGUCGUCUACGAGACGAUCGAGUCUUCUGGUAUUCCCCUGGAUAAGUUGGCUGGCACCAACACGGCUUGUUUCAUGGCAACGUUCACGGCAGACUACCAGCAGAUGCAGUUUAAGGAGCACUCUUUCCGUCACAGCCUUUCGGCAACAGGUGUAGACCCUGGCAUUCUCAGCAACCGAAUCAGCCACGUCUUCAACCUCAGGGGUCCGAGUAUCGUUGUCAACACUGCUUGCUCAUCAUCCGUGUACGCAAUUCACAACGCGUGCAAUGCGCUUCGCAGCAAGGAAUGCGGAGCCGCGAUCGUCGGUGGUAGCAACUUGGUUCUCACGGUUGACCAGCACAUGAACACUGCUAAACUCGGUGUGCUAUCUCCUACUUCUACCUGCCAUACCUUUAACAGUUAUGCAAACGGCUAUGGCCGCGCCGAGGCUAUCGGCGCUGUGUUCCUGAAGCGACUUUCGGACGCUAUUAAGGAUGGUGACGCGAUCCGAGGUGUUAUCAGGUCCAGUGCGACCAACAGCAACGGCCGAGUUGAAGGUGUCGGUAUCACGUAUGCCGGCUACGGCGGCCAGAGGGCAGUUAUCACGCACGCCUACAAGCGAUGCGGUGACUUGGACCCUCGGCUUACCGGUUACUUCGAGUGCCACGGCACCGGUACCGCCGUUGGUGACCCGAUCGAAGUCAACGCUCUCGCCGAUGCUAUGAACUACAACCGCACCCCCGCCGAUGGUCCUCUAAAAAUUGGUGCUGUUAAGACUAACAUCGGCCACAGUGAGGCAGCUAGCGGGCUAUCUGCCGUCAUCAAGGCCAUCCUGGCUGUGGAACGAGGAAUCGUUCCCCCAACACGAGGCGUAACAGACCUCAACCCUAAGAUUGACUGGAAGGGUAAGCAAGUCGCGGUUGUGACAGACCCGAUGCCAUUCCCCAAGGAGCUUCCAGUUCAGCGAGUCAGUGUCAACUCUUUCGGAUACGGUGGCACGAACGCCCACAUCAUUGUUGAGAGCGCCAAGUCUCUCCUCACGCAACCGCAGACUUACAAGUUUAACUCUGAGGAGCAAAAGAACAAGAGAAGGUCCACCAGAGGCCGAUUCAAUAAGAACAGGCCUCAUCUACUAGUUUACUCUGCUCACGACAAGGCGUCAUUGAAGAGGAACAUUGCGGCUCACGGAAAGGUGGUCGCCAACUACGACCUUAUCGAUCUCUCCUACACUCUGGCCAACCGCCGCACUCACUUCUCUAGCAGAGGAUUCGCAGUUGCCAACCUCGCUACUUUGAACAAGACUUUCCAGUCUGAAGAGGACUGGAGGUUCGGCGAGAAGAAGAACCCCAGUGGCAGCGAACGAAAGAUCGGAUUCGCAUUCACUGGACAGGGUGCUCAGUGGGCGAGGAUGGGUGCUGGUCUCAUGGCUUACUACCCUACCUUCCUUAAGACCAUCCAGCAACUCGACGCGGCUCUCGAUGAUCUCAGUGACGCUCCUAACUGGACCCUUGAAGAUGUUCUCCUGGAACCGGAAGCUACUUCGCGCGUUAGCGAGGCCGAGUUUUCUCAACCCCUCUGCACUGCCGUCCAGAUCGGUCUGGUCCAGCUACUGCGACUUUGGGGAAUCAAGCCCUCCGUUACCUGUGGUCAUUCAUCUGGUGAGAUUGGCGCUGCUUAUGCUGCUGGUUUCCUCACUGCUACUGAAGCUAUUGUUUUGGCCUACUACCGUGGAAAGGUUGUUGGAAACAUCAACACCAACGGUGCUAUGGCUGCUGUCGGUCUCGGUGCUGAAGACGUUACACCCUACCUCGCUGGUUACGAUGACAUUGUCAUUGGUUGCCACAACUCACCUUCCGGUGUUACUCUCAGUGGUAAUGCCGACUCCUUGAAGAAGCUCCAGGAGACGUUCAAUGAGAAGGGCGUAUUCUGCAGGCUGGUAAAGACUGGUGGCAAGGCCUACCACUCGUACCACAUGAAGCCGGCUGCUGACAAGUAUGAGGCACUCGUGAGGGGAUCUGGGAUCGACCUCCGUGCCAAGAACCGCCCGGUUCUCGAGAAGGCAACAAUGGUUUCGUCCGUGACAAACAAGGUCCUUCCCGAGGACUCUAUUCUGGACGAGACCUACUGGAGUGCCAACCUGCUCAACCCCGUUCUUUUCAACCAGGCCGUCCAAACUAUCGGUUCUACCCCUGAGUUCUCUGACAUCACUCUGAUUGAAGUUGGACCUCACUCCGCUCUCUCUGGCCCGAUCAAGCAGAUCAAGGCUGAGCUCAAGCUUGAGAAAUUCCAGUAUCUACCUACCUUGAUCCGUGGCCAAGACUGCGCCACCUCCAUUCUGAAGCUAGCUGGUGAGCUCUUCUUGGCAGACUACUCCAUUGACCUAGCGAGAGCCACUUCGGUCGAGGAGAUGAGCCCAAGCGGAAAGAUUCGCGCCCGCAGUGGAGACUACAUUGUAGACCUACCUCCUUACCAGUGGGACAAAUCCAAGAAGUUCAUUGCUCAGUCGCGUGAGAGCCGAGAGCACCGUGGUCAGAAAUACAUGCGACACGAUGUACUUGGUGAGUUGGUUAUCGGUAACUCCCCCGCUGAGCCGACCUGGAGAAACAUUCUCCGAAUUAAGGAUGUCCCCUGGCUCCAGGACCACAGCCUAGGUGGCGAAGCAGUGUUCCCAGCUGCUGGUUAUCUCGCGAUGGCUAUGGAAGCCAUCACACAGCUCGACGAGCAGUCGGAAACUCCCUCUGAAAUCGAGGGUUACGUGUUCCGAGAUGUCUUGAUCCAGCAGGCCCUUGUAACUCCUGAUGAUGACAACGGUGUUGAGGUCUUCCUGAACAUGCGCCUAUCGGCCCAUAGCGGCGAGAACCAGAAGAAGUGGUGGGAUUUCAACGUGUGCUCGGUUACGGACUCCAAUUUCCAGAAGAACCACAUGCGCGGAAGGAUCGCGAUUAAUGCGCGUGACUCGAGGGCUAAGCCUUGGCCGGUUCCCAACUUGCCCCAGUCGGCGACAGGUAAGUCCUGGAACCGGGCCCUUAGGGCGGUUGGAUUCGACUACGGCCCAGCUUUCCAGGAGACGGAGAGCAUCAGCUUUGACGCCAAGUCGUACGCCACUCAAGCUUCGGUUGCUUUCAGAAACAAGGUUGACACUAUGGUCGGCGAGUCUCGAUACGUUCUCCACCCGGCUUCGAUCGACUUGUGCCUCCAACUUUUCAUCGUUGCUUUCUGGGGUGGAAGCACCAGCGCUAUCAAAUUCGGUGUUGUCCCGGUUCAGGCAGAAGAGAUCGCCAUCUGGAAGCCAACUGAAGCCCAGCUAGCUGAUGGCAAGGGUAAGGCGUUUACCUGGGUUGACACUCGUGGUCCUCGAUCAGUCAAGGCCAACAACCAGUUGGUAACCAACGACGGUCAGGUCCUGGUAGAAAUUAACAACAUGCAAUGUAUCGGCUACGAAGCCGCACGGCCCCAACUUGCGGAGGAACCCGCCAAGCCUAAGCCAUACGGACGUACAUUGUCCAAGCCAGAUGUUGGCUUCCUAAGCGGAUCUCAGAAGAUCAGCGUUGCCGACUUCGUUGAUCUCGCUGAAUUCAAGAAGCCCGGUCUUAAGGUUCUUUCGCUGGACUCUGCCGAAGCUGAGUCGCUCUCCAAGACGCUCCCUGAUCUGGAUGUUACUAUUACCUACGACGUGCCCGAAGAAGAAUACACUGUGCCGCCCGAGCUAGCAGGCUCCAAGAACAUUAAAUUCCAGAAACUUGAGUCCGCUGCCGCAGGUUCCUUCAACCUUGUCGUUGCCAACGUCGCCUCCGCUGAUGCCCUAACCAAGAUUCGCGAGCUGUUAGCUGAUGGAGGCGAGGCUGUUAUCAAGUCGGCAACCCCUCUCAGUGAAGCCACCUUGAAGAACGCCGGAUUCUCUGGAGUAAAGGUCACCCUUGCAAACGGUGCCGUGGUUGUACCCGCUGCCAGCUCCGACGAGGCGACCGCUGAGGAGACUAAGCCUUCCACGUCCAACAAGGUGCAGCUCAUCUACCGCAACAGCAUCUCAUCCGCCUUUUCAGAGUUGGCUAAGAGCCUCGAAAGCAAGGGUAAUGUGGUCGAAUCUCUCCAGCUUGGUGCUCCGACUUCGCCCGACGCUACUAUCAUCAUUCUUGCCGAUCUUGAAGGACCAUUCCUGGCCACAAUCACCGAGAAGGAGUUCAGCGACUUGCAGGCAAUUCUUGCUGAAGCUACUAAGGUCUUGUGGGUUACUCGCGGCGGUAUUUUGAAGGGUGAGAAUCCUCACUAUGCCAUGGCCAGCGGUCUUCUCCGCUCUCUUCGCUCUGAGCAGAUCAAGUUGAACGCCUCCCUAGUAGACUUCGAGGGCGAGGUACCCCUGACCGAGUUUGUCAGCUUAACUACCUCCCUUGCCACCAAACAGAUUAACGGUGAAGCCCUAGAGACGGAAUACUACGUCUCUGAAGGAAAGGUCAACAUCAACCGUCUCAUUCCAGACGGGCGUCUUAACGAGACUCACGCGCACGAUGAGAACGAUCUCUUGGAUGCGCCAUUUGACCCUGCCGCGAGAAUUGUAGGAAAGGUACACAGCGGUGAAGUCAUAUUCGAGUCCGAAGAGGAGGCUUCUCUUGGCAACGAUGAGAUCGAAAUCCAAGUCGUAGCGACCGGGUUGAACAAGGAAGACGUUGCUGUUAUUCAGGGAACAGAGACUACUAGCGAGAUCAGCCACGAGAUUGCUGGUGUUAUUACCAGAGUCGGCUCCGAUAUCAAGGACUUUGCUGUCAAUGACCGCGUAGUCAGCUUCACCUCGAAUGAAUUCGCCACCUUCCAGCGCGUCAACCACAGCUUAGCUCAGAAGCUGACCUCCGACGAAUCAUUCAGCACUUUCGCCAGCCUGCCCAUGUCCUUUGGAGCCGCCUUGUACGGCCUCCGAAACUUAGCCCAUGUAGAAAAGGGAGAGUCGGUCCUCGUCCUCCCCGGAUCCGGACUCAUCACUGCACCGGUUGUUCAGGUUUCCAAGGCUCUUGGCGCUACACCUUAUGUAGCUGUACGCAACUCUGCUGAAGCCGAAUUCGUUGCCAAGAAGCUUGGUCUUCCUUCUACCCAGGUUGUCGAAUGGUCUACCACAUGGCUGGAGCAGAACAAGCCCGACGUCGUAUUCUCAUCUGACUCUGUUGAUGCGACGGUCAACCAGGAAGCUUGGAGACACAUCCCCGCAUUCUCCCGAUUUGUGAACCGUACCAGCGCCGAGGCUGCCUUCUCUAAUGUACUCGACAUCGUUCCCGCCACCCGUGGUGCAAGCUACUUCGCAUUCGACACCAUUAACCUUUUCAAGAAGCCAAGCCUAUUGUCCGGACUACUGGACCAAGUUGUUAAAUUCCUCCGACAAGGAUCCAUCUCCACCCUGCCCGUUACCGUCAAGAACAUCACCGAGCUUAACCAGAGCAUCUCGGAGUUCUCCGAUGACCUUCAGAGCUCCAAGAUCGUCAUCCUCAAUGAGCGUUCAAGCGGCACAUUGAAGCUUGUGCCAUCUCGCCCUCACGCUCACCUUCGAGCAGAUGCUACGUACCUCCUGGUCGGAUGUCUCGGUGGUCUAGGUCGCAGUCUCACUUCGUGGAUGUUGAAGAGGGGUGCUCAGAACUUUGCAUUCCUGUCUCGAUCAGGCACGGACUCUCGCCAGGCCGCUACUCUCGUAGACAGCCUCCGUGCCGCCGGAGCCAAUGUACAGGUAUUCAGGGGCGACGCCAGUAUCAAGGAAGAUGUAGAGAAGGCAGUCAGCUCUACCCCCGCCGACCGCCCUAUUCGCGGAGUUAUCAACGCUGCCAUGGUCUUACGAGAUGGAAUGUUCCACAACUUAACCUACGACAGCUGGGUAACAUCUGUUAAGCCCAAGGUUCUUGGAAGCGCCAACUUGCACGAGGUCACCAAAGACCUGGACCUGGACUUCUUCAUCAUGACCAGCUCAGUAUCUGGUACUCUGGGUACUCCAGGCCAGAGCAAUUAUGCUGCCGGUAACGCCUACAUGGAUACUCUUGCCCGCCUCCGACGCUCCCAAGGCAAACGCGCCGCGGCCAUCGUCUUACCUAUGGUCCUCGGUGUCGGUGUCGUUGCUGAGAACGCUGCCCUUGAGGACUCUCUCAAGCGCAAGGGCAUGUACGGUAUUGACGAGGAUGGUCUCCUCGACUCCUUCGAAGUUGCCAUCGUCGAGCAGGGUAACCCCGAGUCCGUUGAUUUCGACCACGUAGUCGUUGGACUCGACCCCUCGCUUCUCGCAAAGGCCAAGGCCGAAGCUGAGGGCGACGUGGACGUCUUCUGGGCUGUCGACCCCCGAUUCUCGACUUUACUGCACGCGAUGGAAUCCGGAAGCAAGGGUGACAGCGGCGGAGGAGCCGACUCUAUCCUGGCUAGGGUUAAGAACGCGGCAACCCCCGAAGAGGCUGUUGCUGCCGUCGAGGAACAUUUCAUCGCGAAGCUUUCGCGUGUCCUCAUGCUUGACUUGGAGGACUUUGAAGGAGAAGGCCGAUCCGUUGCCAGCUUCGGAAUCGACAGUAUGAUUGGUGCGGAGCUGAGGAACUGGAUCUUCAAGGAGCUCGGCCUUGACAUUGCCUUCCAGCAACUGUUGGGACCGUCGCUCACCAUCAAGGGAUUCUCUCAACUGGUUGUUGCCAACCAAGGAAUUAAGAUUGAGUAGAUUUCUUAUCUUACUCAUUCUACACUACGAAAAGAAGAAGAAAAAAAUCACGCAAAGUCUAGAAAGGAUAGACUAGAUUUCUAUUUGUUUUCACCGGUUUUGUAUACAAUGGUCUAUUGAGUCCCUUUUCAUGAUUAUCUUAGGUAUGGAUGUUUACUUAGAACAAAUAAAGAAAGUAUCAAAC